AUGAAUGUUCGGGCCGACUGCGAGCCGCGCGCCAAGCAGGCGGCCGCGCGGCCGGCGAAGCGACUCCGACCACGACGCGCGCGGCCGGGUAACCAGCAGGUUCAGAGGUCAAGGGCAACAGCCGGCGGUGGACAGAACGUGUUUGAUGAUUUGCCCACCGAACUACUGCAUCGCAUUCUCGCCAACCUGCGUCCGCUACAACUGCUGGGACUGGCCCCAGUGUCGCGCCGCUGGCGCCAGGCAGUGGACGACAUCUUGGGCCGCCUGCAGCAGCUGCACCUGACCGAGGACGACAUGCGGCAUGGCAGCGGCGCGAGCCUGGAGCGGCUGCUGCGCCGCACGCGCUCCCUGCGUCGGCUCAGCACCAACUACCCCAGUCCCAACUUGAUGCUGACAGCGCGCGUUGUCUCCCAGCUGCCCAAACAGCUGACACAUAUCGACUUGAGAUCCUCGAGAUCAACCCCAAAUCAUGAGGAGUCUGGGCACCAGGUGCUCUCAGCUGGAGGAAGUCCGGCUGCCGCACACGUGCACGGACGGGCGGUGAACAGCGAGGUGCGCGGCACGGCGUUCUCGCUCCUGCCCGCGUCGCUGGAGUCGCUGAACGUGGACGGGUGUGAGGAGCUGCAGUCGGCCUGCCUGCGCCAGCUGACCCGCUGCCCCGGGCUGCGACAGCUGGACGUGUCGGGCGUGGAGGGGCUGCGUUCGGCGGACCUGGCGGUGGUACUGGACAGCUGUCCGCAGCUGGAGGAGCUGGACGUGGCCUGGUGCGAGGGGCUGAAGUCGACGUGCCUGCGUCAGUUGACCCGCUGUCCUCAGCUGCGGGAGCUGAGCCUGGAGCGGCUGAGUGUGGCGGGAUGUGAGGACCUAUCGUCGACCUGCCUGCGUCAGCUGGUCCGCUGUCCCAAGCUGCGGAAGCUGGACGUGACGCGCAUGAAGAGCUUGCAGGCGGCAGACCUGGCGGCGGUGCUGGCCGGCUGCCCCCCGCUGGAGCUCUGCCUGCCGCCGGCCGGCCUACCCUCCCUGCGAUACCUCGACGUAUCCCGCUCCCAUGCGGUGACCGACGCGGCACUGCAGGAGCUGCCCGACCUGCUGCCAGGCCUGCACACGCUCAAGCUGGAAUUGAAACGGAAGUGA